CAAAGAAGCCCACGUCCGACGACAACCCAUCUACCUCAUUACUCUCCGAUAUAUUAUCGGGACUCGAUCGGGUAGUUCUUUCCACUGGUCCGUGCCUCCGUGGUUUCCGGAUUGAGAAGGGAGAUUAAGGUGGAAAUGGGAGGAGCGAGGAUGAGGGAAUUGGGAGUGCAGUCAUGGCGGUUGGCGGUAGUGGCACAGGUGUUGGGCGUCGCCGCGUGCGUUAUGGUGCUGGUUUGGUGCAUCCACUUCAGGGGAGGCCUCGCUUUUGUAGCCACCAACAAGUCUCUCAUCUUCAAUAUUCAUCCCGUGUUGAUGGUGAUUGGCUUCAUCUUCUUGGGGAGCGAAGCGAUACUUGCGUAUAGAGUGCUGCCUGGAACGAAGCAACAGCGGAAGGUUGUGCACUCCACCCUCCAUCUGAUCGCCUUUGUUCUUGGAAUCGUCGGCAUGUAUGCAGCGUUCAAAUACCACAAUGAAAGCGGCAUCGCCAAUUUGUACAGCCUUCACUCUUGGCUCGGCCUUGGCACCAUCAUCUUGUUUUCCAUCCAGUGGAAAUUGUGGUUUGUUGCAUUUUGGUUCCCUGGAGCACCUGAAGGAUUGCGGGCAGCGUCUCUCCCUUGGCACGUGUUGUUUGGCUCCAUAGUGUAUGUGCUGGCCUUGGCCACCGCUGUGCUUGGCUUCCUUGAGAAGCUCACCUUCCUUGAGGUUGCAGGUCUCGCAAAGUAUGGCCCGGAAGCCUUCCUCGUGAACUUCACCGCCAUCGUUGUUCUCUUGUUUGGGGUCUUCGUUCUUCUCUCCAUCAUUACGUCUACCACCCCAUCUCCUGUCAAUGGAUUUGAAUACAGCCCACUUGCAGAAAGUCAGUAAAUUCGCUGUAAGGCGUCGAUAUCUUGGAUAACUUGAAGUUUAUUGUUACAUGUUAGAAAUGGACUAUGAGUGUGAUCUCUUGUCCAUUUUAUGAGGAAGCUUCACAGAUCUAUAUGUGUAUUUAUAGAUACAUGUAUUUAUGCAUCUCCUUUUGAAUAUGUAUAACAGAUAGCUACUAGACCUUUAU